CUCUCUCGGCCACCCCCGGCUCGGGGGGCGGCCCGGGGGCACUGGGACACUGGGACACUCUACCGAACACUCUGCAGACGGCGCGCGCCCGCGGACUCCAUCCCCCACCUGAUUGAGAGAAACUACCGACAGCAUGGCUAUACCAUUGGCGCACACAGGACUCCGGCUCCAAUCGGCCGUUUUGCGGCGGAUGCUCCACCGCAGCGGACAGCCCGUCCGCGGCGUCCACAGCGCGCACCACGCCGUCGCCGACGGGCUGCCGUUCACAAAGUACGGCGGCCGCCACACGGUCACGCUGCUGCCCGGGGUGGGCAUCGGGCCCGAGCUGAUGCAGGGCGUGCGCAAGGUGUUCGCCGCCGCCGGGGUGCCGGUGGACUUCGAGGAGCACGUGCUGCCCGACCUGGCCCGGGGCGCGGACGUAGACGAGCCGUUCGAGCACGCCGUGCUGUCCAUCAGGAGGAACAAGGUGGCGCUCAAGGGCAACAUCGAGAUCAAGGGCCGCGGCGAGAACCUCGUGUCCAGGACGGUGCAGUUGCGCCGCGUGCUGGACUUGUACGUGUACGUCAUGGAGGCGCGCAGCCAGCCAGGCGUGAAGACGGCGAGGCAGAGUGACGUGGACGUGACGCUGGUGCGGCAGAACACGGAGGGCGAGUACUUCAUGCUGGAACACUCCCCUGUCAGGGGCGCCGCCGAAAGCAUGAAGGUCGUGACGGCCGCUGCCUCCGAGAGGGUGGCCAGGUUCGCGUUCGAGCACGCGCGCGGCCAGCGCCGGCCCCGGGUCACCGUCGUGCACAACAAGGCUACGCUGCCGCGCUCCGACGGCCUGUUCGUCGACGUGGCGCUCGCCGUGGGCUCCGAGUACCCGGAGGUGGACGUGGACGUCAUGUCGGUGGGCCGCUGCUGCGCCGACCUGCUUCACGACGCCACCCCCUUCAGCGUCGUGCUCACGCCGAACCUCUACGGCGUCUACCUGGGCGCCAUCCUAAGUGGGCUCGUGGGCGGGCCCGGGCUGCUGGCGGGGACCAACUACGGGCCGCAGGCCGCCGUGUUCGAGCCCGGCACGCGCAACAAGGGGACGGACAUCCAGGGCCGCGGCGUGGCCAACCCGGUGGGCAUGCUGCGCGCCGCCGCCGACCUGCUGCACUUCGUGGGGCAGCGCGGCAGCGCGGCGCUGCUCAGGACCGCCGUGGACUCAGCGCUGCGCCGCGGCACGGCCACCCACGACAUUGGCGGCCACUCAAGCACCGACGAAUUCAUCCAGGACGUCUGCGACCACAUCGUGGCGGCGAGGAGGCCCUGGGACCCGCACACCUUUCAGUCAUCAUUUUAGCAUAUACUUAUGCGCCACUUUUUAUUCUCAGAAAAUAAAUACGCUGUUUGUUUU